AAAAUGGGGCAAGCACAUUUUGAUUGACGAAUCAGAGUGUCGACGAUUGCUUUAGGGUCGUCGACAAGGAGUCAAUUUCGGGAAACGUGUCAAAUUCCUGAUGAUAAGAAGAGGGAGAAGCACUUCUUCAUAUCCAAUGCAUAUGACACAUUCUUUAAAAUUCAACUCAAAUAGGGCGUUAGUGUCGAAGACGCUGCUGCAAGCGCCCGGCGCUCAAUUCUUAUCAUGAGUUCCUCGUUUUUCUCCCACUGCUCUGAUAUGGAGUUGGUUCAACGCGUCAGAAGAAGUCUGAUUUGGCAAAACAAGAGAAACAUGUCCUGCCGUAUUUAGUUAUGAGUAAUGCUCAAGUGCUUCGAAGUGUAUCCUAUAAACAGUGCUUGUUUCACCGUUGAAUGACGGCUGCCAUGGCGUGGCUUUUUUUUGUCAAAUUCCACCCAAAUCCCCGUUUCCAAAUCAUCAUUGUUUGCCUUGAACGCUCUAGUAGCAUUUGAAGCAAUCAAGUUGGUUCUCAGAGAGAUCUGUUGUCUCAUUCAGCUUUUUGAUACAGACUCGCCUAACGGAAAUUGGACGUCCGCUUUGGGGGAAAUUUGGGCAUUAUUGUCUUUUCCAAGCUUCCUUUCUUCCGCUGUUCUGGUUCACUCUCUGGGCUACCUGGUUUGUCUGACUCAAUGGUUCAUCCGACUCAUCCUCAAGCGCCCCGAUAACGAUGGUAAGGGGCAAUCCUCCUCAGACCUUGUGAUCUCAAUGUCACUUCAAGUGUUAUCACGGAAAACAGAAUUUGAUCAAGCUUGAGGAACAAGCAGGAUUCUAACCCGGAAGGGCUACCCAAGUCCCUUGAGUAUUCUGCUCUAGUAGUACUUCAAGUCAUCGUUAAUAGCUGGAAGCAAAACCAGCAGUCUCUUCAAAUAUCUUCACGAUGGAGGCAUCUCAACAGUUCCACCUGAAGUGGAACAACCACAGUCUCAACACUCUCUCGUCAUUCCAACAACUCUUAGACACUAACACUCUUGUGGAUGUGACUCUCACUUGUUCCAAUGGCAAAAUGGUGACUGCCCAUCGCAUGGUUCUAGCUGCUUGUAGUGAAUACUUCUACAGACUCUUCAAAGACUUGCCCGAAAAGCAUCCAGUGAUAGUGUUUAAAGAUGCUGGUGAAGAAAUCGUGCGUGAUCUCCUGCUCUUUAUGUAUAAAGGAGAAGUGGAGGUUCAAGAAGCCUACUUGAACGAUUUCCUCAAGUUUGCUGACACUCUUCAAGUCAAGGGCUUGAGUCAAUCGGAUCGGGAGGAAGCAGCUGCCAGAGCUGCUAAUGAACAAAGAAGCACCGAAGAUGGCCCAGCCGUGGCCAAAUUUGAGGCCCAAACAACUCCAAUCAAAAGCAAUAGCUCAUCCUUACCACCUCUUUCCGGGGCCGGGAUGUGUGUCCCUCCUCCACCUCCACCAGCACACUCUUUGCCGGACAUGGCGAAAUCGUAUCUUGCCGCUGCUGGAUUAGCAUCAGGAAAAUUUCCCCCCCUCUUUCCUCUACCCAACGAACCGGCCUCAGCCACCGACUUGCUCAGUCAAUUCUCAUCACCUAAUUUAUACCGCGCUCUCCAUCGUAAAUAUCAGUCCAUUGGUGGGCCCAAAUUUUCCGAGCACGACAAUCCUAUGCUGAAGCAAAUGCCCUUUCUCAAAAAAAUGUUCGGUGAUCAUCCUAUGGGCGACCUGGGUGCCCUAGGACACCCCAUGUUCCAAGCUCACGCCCAAUCUUUACCGAAGGACGACAACGAUAGCGAUGGUAUUGCAGAGAGAUCGCCUCCUCCCCAUCACCAAGGAACUCCUGGCUCUGGAAACAAUCAGGACGAGAAUGGUCUCAGUGAUAACAACGGUCCCUCGCCCAUGGAAGGGGAUUUCAAUACCCCACCCCCGGGGGGCGAAAGCCGCUCUAACACGCCAGGAUCUAAUCACAACAUGGACGACCUCCAAUCUCAACGGAAUCGGGGCGGAGGCAAGCACUCCAGUGGUAGGGGAUCACGGUUGGAAAGAAUGAUCGCCGCAGAGUACAAAAUCUUAAACGAAUUCUCUGAUUCUGCCCCCGAGGCACUUCCUGUUAUGACACCGGAGCUAAUGAAGUCUCGCCGCACUCAUUCAUUGCAAUUAGCCAUUGGAGAAAUUCUUCAUAACCGCGCCUCGGUCCAAUCUGCGGCAACCAAAUAUCAUAUUCCACGGGAGACACUUCGUCGACACUAUCAACGCUACCUCAAGGCUAUGGGUAUCCAAAAGCCACCUCAAGUCGUCGGAGGUGGAGGAACUGUACGCUCCUCAGUCCCCAUCAACAACAAUGCGAAGACCCCAGCCUUAGCUCAUCACUCGACUAUGGAGACCCAAGGUACUCCCACGAACACAACAGCCUCCUCGGGAGACGAAUCCAAUGGAUUCAGCAGCCUUAUGGACAUCGGCGCCGCUUACGGGAUUUGGAACCCCGACGUUGAUGGAAGCGAUUUCAAGUACAAGUUCAAAGAUCUAGAGGCCAGGCGAGCAGCCAUUGAAGCCGCAACUGCAGCGGCCGCGGCACACGCUGCUGCCAUGGCCGCUGCCACGUCUUGUGGAAACUCUGGAUCGGACAAUGAGGCACGUGGUGAAAAGGAAGAAAAAGAAAAGGAUUUGGUCAUUGAUGAAGAUGAGGAUGAAGACGACGACGACGUAGACGAUGACGAUGACGAAGAGCCCAAUCCUGGGUCUCCUGAGCCUCCUCAUUCUGUGGAUCCAGAGGAAGAAAAUGGCAACGAAAACACCAAAGAGAACAAAAAUAGGUCCAGUCCAAAAUUGACGGCUGCCGCAAAAUUGGCGGCGGCGAAGGCCUUAGAAAAUACGUUAUCCUAAAUCUAAAGAAAUAUGUAUUGAACACCCAUCACAACGAAGAAAUUUGACCAAAGGACAACGCAAUAACCUAAUGCUAGUGACCCAUGUCGAUGCUCUGUCUUACCAACACGCCUCUAAUCUUGCCCGUGAGCGAAAAGUGACGGUCCCACUUGAGCGAUCAGUCACGAAUUCAAUCAUUUUGUUGGAAUACGAUGUGAUAGAAAGUGACUGAAUUCCUCAUCAUUGUCGAACGAAGGAACAAUCGAACAAUCCCAGUUGAGAGUCCUCGGCUCAAGGGUUCGUCUACCCCUGAGGUGAAAAUCUCUCCACCAUAAGAUACCAGAAGAUACCCAAAUUCUGCUCCCAUGCCGACCGAAGACGGACUCUUCUUUUCUAUUUUGAUGGUUGCACUCUCCAACUCACUCUCUUCCUCUCAUCAGUCUUGAAACCAACACCAAAUGAAUAUAGCUGUUAAUUUUGUACAUUUAAGAUCUCUUAUGUGUCUCCAUUUAGUCAAAUGCCAACUGUAGAUUGCAAUGAACCUGUUACCAAAGAUAUGUAUGUAUCCAUAUGUUCUUCGUUCUUACGCGCCUGCCUUUAGUGUCCAGAACCAAGAAACCAAGAUCUUGCCCCGUUCUAAAAUUCUCUCAAAUUUGGAUUGAAGCGCCUCGAACAGGUUCCAAAAUACGAAUGGUAGGCUUCAUUGCAAAUUGCCCUUGUAUUGCCAGAGCAGUGAAAACAUCCCAACUACUGGACAUGGUUCGUUGUCACAAUAAUCAUUGAUAAAAAAUAAUCCUGAACUUGCACUUCCACUUUGAAUGCUUCCAAAAAGGUGUUGAAUUGUGUGUCAAUGCACUUCGAUAAUCUCUUGGCCUUUUUCUCCUGCUUGACGUCCAAAGUGGUUGUAAUGAAUUCUUCACCUCCUGAGAUUCCAAUAUAAAGAAAAAAUCCAUGAGCCCAGGUUCAAGCCCAUUAGAAAUUGAUCAUCACACUUACUGUCAACACCAAUAUGAAAAUGAUAAUCAUUCAUGGCUCGAAGUCAACGCUGAACCACGUUUUCUAGAGAUUUUUCAAGUGCAGGAAAAAAAAGAGAUGCAAAGAAUGCAAUUUAUUUUCAUUUUCUACAACACCAAAGAGAUUUAUCUUGUCAUACUGUUACUGAACUGAACAACCCUUCACAAUUACUUCAUAUAUGUCUUUAAAACAAAACAACUCCAACAACAACAACGUUCCCCUUCACGGAUAAAGCCAAUCAAAACGCCCCUCGCAAACCCCAAACCGUAUGAAAUGAGGUGCCCUCCCCUUGCGAAUUGGGCGAAAUUCGAGCGACGACAAACAAUUUCCCUCACCUUGUGUCAGCACGAACAAGUAAAGCAAAUUAUUUGUGUAAACAAUUUGAUGUACCAAAGAAAUCAAGAGCAACUUUCUGAAUGGACCAAGAAGUGAUAUUUGUAUCAUAGCCAUGCUUGCAAUUUUGAUCCCAUCGAGACGGGAUUGCCCUUUGUUUCAUACACAAACAUACACAAUACACAUACCUAGACACCCAGUCCAUAACGGAUGCAAUUGCCACCCUCUAGGCGAUUUUCUAUUCGUCAUCAAAUCACACAAGUUUCAAACUGACCUCGGUGUGGCUCAAAAGUGCUUUUCGUUUUGCCUGCACUUACCGUCCCAAGAAACCAUUCCAUCCACCACGACCAAGAGACCAACCAACCAACCAACCAACCAACCAACCAACCAACCAAGCGACCGACCCAUUUAUUAACAACCCCUUUGCAACCCUCGGCCUGAGGAGAGUACAAUCCAAUCCUGUUUUGACUUACGUUUCCUCAAUUUUACUCCCAUUCAUGUGUUGGAAAGUAUUUUGUUUUUUUUUCUGUACUUCUCCAUCGUGUUAUUCAAAGAACGCUUAGUUAAUCUGAUCGAAUUCAUUUUGCUUUUGUUUCCUCCCUCUGAAUGCUUUUGUCUCAUUGCUUAGGAUGAUGAUGUUAAAUCGUGCUUUUUCCGUUCUUACGUUCAGAGAUGAUUUACUAAUUUGGGCGACUACGAUUUGUUCUCUAUCUCAAGAAAAAUAGAUGAUUUCUUUGUGAAAUAAAAUGCUACUACUAUCA